AUGAGAUUGAGAAACUGGGUUCAAAAGUCCGGCUGGCUGGAAACGGACCCGACAAAGUUGCAAGUGAGCCCCGAGGACGAUGCGACUUCCUUCGGACAGCAAGUGCCCAUCCUCCUCACCUUUCUGACAGUAUUUACAGCCGCUCAGACUGUCAAUGUUGCAGAACUAUGGGACAAACGGCGCAUUGUACACUCGGGCCACGGUGCAAAACCUCAGGGCAAAUUGAGUCAGAGCGAUUUUCAGGAGAAGCCACCAGGGCCACCUGACAUUGAAACUACGGGCCAAUACGGAACAAGGCUCCUUAAUCAACGACUCUGGGAAGCCGAAGGCCAUACCGGUACCCUGCUGCCGUACCAGCCAGCGGCAGACCACAUACGCAUGGUGCACCCGGACCGGCCUCCCUGCAACAUCAAUGCGAACACAACGCCUAGCAACGCUAACGAGCCAGGAAAUCGUAAUGUUAUCAGCCCUGGCUCGUCCAGCUUUGUUGAGGGUACGGAUGCGCUCGACUUUUCUUCGCCAGCUUCGAGCGGUGCCGGUAACCAAUCGCCACUGAGGCAGACCUCGUCAGCAACACCGCCGGCGCACAACCUCUCCAACCAGGCUGCUCUCCUGAACCCAGAUCUGAGGACAGGAGUCAUGUGCACGUCGGAGCCCAAGUCUUUCCUGCCUUAUUCGCCACCGCAAUCGAACGCAAAUCCUUCAGGGACGACUGCGUAUUCAUGA